AUGAAACCGGCAUCUUCUUCCGUAGUUAUUUUUACUAUGAGCUUGCUGGAACGAUUCAAGAAACGCUUGUCUGCAUCAAAUCAGUCAGCUAUCUUACAUGACAAGAAAAUAGAGAUCAAAGAAGAUGAAGAAAAGAAAGAAGGUGAAGAGGAGGAGAAGAAAUUUGGGAUAGAUUUGGACGCAGAGGAUAUUGUGGGAAAUGAAUGGAUGGUCCAUAAGUUCGAGGCCGAAGACGAAGAUCCAAAACUAUCGAAAGCAAAGGAUGCUAAUUUGAGGGAGGAGAGUGAAGAUUGGUACAGUAUCACCGAUCCACGGAACAAGAUGAACCAACGGAGACGGGGAGAAAUAUGA